AUGCGCGCCGACGCUCUCUCUCUUCUCACGGCCUUUGCCCUCGGAGGCUUCGAGCUGGUGGCCGCCGAGCACGUUGAACGCCCCCGCUACUACUUCCCCCGUGAAGUCAAGCGCACCGUCAGGAAUGGCACCAACCAGGUGUCCUCACGUGCUGCGGACUCGUGGGCCGCUGUUUGGCAGAGCAUUGAGGAUAGCUUGACUGCUCCCACCACCACCAUCACCACCCCCGCGGCUGCCGCGACCGAUGCACCGAAGCAGGUUAUCGUGGUAAUUUCAUCGGAUGCGGCGGGACAUGUUCACACCCUCACUACUUCCACAGAAGUGAUUGCCGCUGCGCAGCCUACGGCAACCACUACCACGACCACCAAGUCUGACACAACUGCCACCACUAGCUCCAGCGGCAAUGUCCUCAGCGAUGUUGGCACGGAUGUUUCGAACCUCCUUGGUCUCGGGGCUAGCUCUUCCGCUAUCAACAGUACCUCUGUUACUGCCACUGGCACAAAGGGCUCGACCCCAUUGACUACGUCAACUGCGGCUGCCACCACUACGUCCCAGGGUGGCCUUCUCGAGAGUCUCGGCAUUGCCAUUCCAUCUGCUGACAACACCACCGCCACUGCUUCUUCUACCAUUCCGAUCAACGUUCCUGCGUCUUCCACUGCUAGCCCGACCACCACGGCUGGGGGAGACCUGAUCGGUACCAUUGUGAGCGGUAUUACCAGCGGUCUUGGCUCGCUUCUCCCCAAUGCCACUGAGACUAGCACCAGUGCCUCCGGUAUUGGUCUGAUCCCUACUCCGGGACUGCCCACUUCCAGCGGUGUUCCUCACCUGUCGAUUCCUUUGACCGCGACUACCGGUCCCGACUCGGCCACCACCUCGGUUGGCAUCAUCCCCACCCCUCACUUCCCCGGCGUCGACUCGACUGGCACUCCUACCUCUGGCGCGGUUCCCACUCCGACUGGUAACACUCACGAGACCUCCAAGGUUCCCACUCUUUCUGUUCCUUACACCACCACCGCUGAGCCCGCGACCAGCGUGCCGGUUGAGCCCCAGCCUACCCAGACUCCUGCGGAGUCCAGCACGAGCAACAGCAGCAACUGGAUCCCCUCUAGCAUUCUCGUUCUGCCCACCUCGACCCCAGCCGAGAGCACCAGUUCUGGUACCAAAACCGCCACUGACUCCGAGCCCACUUCGCUCCCUGGCUCGAUCACUCCGUCGAACGGUGUCUCCGAGGCUCCCUCUGACUCGCUGCUGCUCCAGCUUGGUUUCGAUAGCCACCUCCCCUGGUCUUUCGUCGCUACUACUCCUCUAUCUUCUUCCCAGAUCUUCGAAUACAUUCCCCAGGCUUUGAAAUAUGCUAUGCCCUUGGCCUCGUCCACCAUGUGGGCUCUUGAGCCUUACUACUCGUGGCAGAGCACUGGCUACAAUGCCACCCUGGCCAUCUUCUAUUUCCCUCGGGACAAGGUCCAGGCCCUGAAGGACCUCAAGCUUAACCCCAACUCGGCUCUUUACCAGCAGCAGAGUGAGUCUGUUAAGACCUUGAUGUCUAUGAUUGACCCCUCCAUUCCCUUGGAGUUCGCCGGCAACUAUCCAUCCUCGGAUGGCUCCUCGUCCUCGAGCACCGGCGGCAGCGAGAGCGGCAAUGGUGGUAGCACGGACGGCAACAACAACUCCGACGGCUCGGCCAACAGCUCCAAGGCCAAGGCAAGCUCCGUUGGCAUUGGAGUUGGCGUUGUGGCUGGUGCCGCUGCCUAUGGUGCUGGUAUGUUCUGGGUUGCCCGCCGUUACCGCAAGAGAAAGCAGCUGCACCAGCGCUCCAGCUCUACUGCCGAGCAGAUGAGCCAGGGCGGCUCUGUCUUCGCUGCCGGUGCCCGUAUGUCUGGCAGCCAGCGCACUGCUCGUUCCCAGAUGAUCAGUGCUCCGGUAAUGGCCGAGAACUCCCUGGGCUGGAACUAG